UCGGUAAAAUAAAAACCAGAGAUAGAGAGCAUGGGACUCAGUGAUUGAGAAGAUAACGUAGAGACGUGAUAUGGUUAUGAAGCUGACGUCACUCUGAAACCCGCGAUUCAAGGAUCUUUCUCUGUUUUUUUUUUCCUUUUUUGUCUUCUCUUCAUAUAUAUAUAAAAGAAGCUCAAUGUCUACGGCUACUUGGAUUCAGCCUCCUUGUAGACUCUCACCAGAUCGUCGUGGUGGUGGUUUCGCUAAGCCAAGCUUUAGCAGAGCAAGGCAGUUUCCCGGCGUCGUUUUAGUUUCUUCUUCGUCGUGCUCUUGUGGUUAUUCCGAGAUUUUGAAUUUCGAUUUAGGGUCUAAUAACAGAAGGUGGAACCAGCGGGGACUAAGAGUUCAAGCAAUGAGUGCCACAGCACAACGUAAUUUUUCGUUAUCUAAAGGUGACAACGAUGAGAAAAUUGAACCUGAUCACCUUCUUGUCCUUGUACAUGGUAUCUUGGCCAGUCCUAGCGACUGGCUCUAUGUAGAAGCUGAGAUGAAGACACGCCUUGGAAGAAGAUUUUUGAUCUAUGCAAGCUCUUCCAAUACCUUCACUAAAACCUUUGGCGGGAUCGAUGGAGCUGGAAAACGACUAGCAGAAGAGGUUAGACAAGUUGUCCAAAAGAGCAAGAGCUUAAAGAAGAUAUCCUUCUUAGCACAUUCCCUCGGUGGAUUAUUUGCCAGGCAUGCUGUUGCCGUUCUUUACUCAGCACCAAUAUCACAACAAGUCAGUGAUGGUGCCGCUGUCUCUAACUCUGGGAAUUCACAUAUUCUGCGAGGUAUGAUUGCUGGCCUCGAACCGAUUAAUUUCAUCACCUUGGCAACACCUCAUCUAGGAGUCAGAGGCAGAAAGCAGCUGCCUUUCUUGUUGGGAGUUCCUAUUUUAGAAAGACUUGCUGCACCAUUAGCUCCAUUCGUUGUUGGUCGGACUGGUAGCCAGUUGUUUCUUACUGAUGGUAAAGCUGAUAAACCACCACUUCUUUUGAGAAUGGCAUCUGAUUGUGAAGAUCUGAAAUUCUUAUCUUCCUUGGGGUCGUUCCGAAGCCGCAUCGUGUAUGCAAACGUAUCUUAUGACCACAUGGUUGGUUGGCGUACAUCUUCCAUAAGGAGAGAAACUGAACUUUUCAAGCCUCCACGGCGAUCUCUAGAUGGAUACAAGCAUGUUGUUGAUGUAGAAUACUGCCCUCCUGUUUCCUCAGAUGGAGCCCAUUUCCCUCCAGAAGCUGCUAAAGCCAAGGAAGCCGCACAAAGCUCCCCUAGUCCUCAGAACACACUUGAGUAUCAUGAAAUAGUAGAAGAUGAGAUGAUCCGUGGCCUGCAGACUUUAGGGUGGAAGAAAGUGGAUGUCAGCUUCCACUCCACCUUCUGGCCUUACUUAGCUCAUAACAACAUUCACGUGAAAAGUGAAAGACUCUAUAAAGCAGGAGCUGGAGUUGUUGCACAUGUUGCAGAUAGCAUAAAACAGCAAGAGACGUCCACGUUCUUCACUGCCAGCUUAUAGACUGUGUAAAGUCGUCGAGUGUGUUUAACCGGUUGAUGUUGAUUCCCGGUUGCUUUUUCUAUGAUCCAUUUUUGUGUUUUUUACUAUACAGUUGGGAGAUUGGUCAACGUUCAGUCUUACUUUUUUUCACAAUUCAUCUGUACAUUAUUUUUCUUGUAUUAGCUUGGUGAAUGAUACAACACUUCAAAAAUGGUAUAGACAAACUACAUGUUUUUUGUUUUACAAUUCAAAAUUACAUAUCAUUUCAAG